AGAACAAAAAACUUUCCAACUCAGAGGCUUUUAUGCGUAGAUCAGAGGCUCAGCAGAAGGCUGAUCAAAAGGCUCGUGAGGACAGUGAAAGAUUGCGGCAGCAAGAACGGGAGCAAGCAGCUGAGAAGCGUAGGCGUGAUAUGACGCUCCGUGCUCGAGUAGCUGCUAAGGCAGAAGAAAAGAGGUUGGAGCUAUUGUACAUUCAGUGGUCUGAGCAUCACAAAAAGCUGUCCAGUUUCUUAAGGACAAAAGCUGAACCAGCUAUUUAUUACAUGCCGGCUAAACCAAUAGUUGAUGAUCCGGUUAUUGUUGAGCAAAACAAGGAAAAGGUAUUUGAAGAAUGGAAAUCUGUACGCAGAACGGAGCUGACCCAGUUCCAAAAGCAAGUUGAGGAGCAGUAUCUGUCUAAUGUUGAGAGGCAGCUGGAAAGGAUUCAGAAUGCCCGGAAUGCUCGGAGGGGGAACGUGCCUGCUAACAUGCAGGAAAUGGACAAGGAGCUUGACACGCACAGGGCGGAGCAUGGCCCAAAGGCUCGGCGGAUCCCCGACGGUGGCAAUGACGAGGAUGAUGAUGUGGACGUGGACGACAUGGCCGCGGAAGACGACCUGAUGGAUGAAGUGCUCGGCGUCAAUGAGGCGAUCAACGAGGACCCAGGCAAGCCGUCUGAGGAGGCCACUGAUGUUGCGCCUGUACCCGAGCAGGCACAAUAGGCAAGGUUAUUUGCGAGGUAGGCACUUAGGCAUUACGAUUCUAUAUCGUUGUAGUUGCCCUCUUCUGCUGUGACUGUAUUGUUGUUGGGUUUUUGUCUUUGGGAAUGCUGUGAGCUGUGUUUGCUGUUGAGGCCAUAUACAUACUUUUCAUUAUUGUUAUUGUCAUUUGUA